GACACAUGCAAGCUUUGCGCCGGCUCUCCAUCAUCGCCCAGACGCCCUUCAUGAAGAUCGUUCCCGUCCCUGUCCGACAGGACAACUACAGCUACCUACUCAUUGACGAGCCUUCGAAAACUGCCGCCGCCGUCGACCCAUACGAUGUCGGCAAGGUCGUGUCUGCAGCAGAGACUCUAGGCGUGGAAAUCGUCGCAGGUAUUACGACACAUCAUCACUUUGAUCACAGCGGAGGCAAUGAGAACUUUGCCGCGACCUUUCCAGAUGCACCCAUCUAUGGUGGUAGUGAAAAGGUUCCUGCUUUGACGAAACUCGUCAAGGACAACGAUGAAUUCACGCUGGGAGAUAUCCAUGUCAAAUGCCUUGCUACUCCGUGUCAUACCCAGGACUCUAUCUGCUACUACGUAACCGAUACAGUUAACAAACUGCACCCUGGUGGUGUGUUCACGGGAGACACGCUCUUUAUCGGUGGUUGUGGUCGCUUUUUCGAAGGGACAGCACCCGAGAUGAUAACAGCUCUGACGUAUCUUGGCAAGCUUCCUGACAGCACGCUGGUUCUCAACGGUCACGAAUACACCGGUGGAAAUGUCGCCUUUGCCAAGUCUGUUGAGCCUGAGAAUCCGGCUAUUGACCGGCUCGCCGGUCUCGUAAAGCAGAACAAGAUAACGACUGGGCUGACAACCAUAGGAGAUGAAAAACAAUGGAAUGUUUUUAUGCGUCUAGGGAGUCCUGCUGUUCAACAAGCAACAUCAGAGACUUCAGAGAGUGCAGUCAUGGCCAAACUUAGGGAAAUGAAAAACAAUUUUCGGGGGUGAGUCGGAUAGCAGAAGUGAAUACUUUACUGGGACCAUUAAGAUGUAGCCCAUCACGAUUGUAAGAUAAGGAUUCAGCAUUUUUGGAAUGAAGCAACCUGUAUUAUCCGAAUUGAGACAAG